AUGUUGGAGAAAACGCUUAAUGAGGCGGCGGGGAAUUCCAUUCCAAUUAAGGUUCGCCACCCAGAAGGAACGUUGCAAGCUUUAUUGGGUUUUAAUACGGAGGUCUUGGGCUCAGCACAUUCAAAGAAUCAGGAGAUCGAAAGGCACCCGCGCAUUAUCCCAAUUCCCGGCCCACCCUAUGGGAAUAACCCUCCUGGAAUGCAUUUCUUGGAGAAAUUGCCCAUCCUUUUCCGAAGACCCGGCCGACGCCAAAGCGCAACAGGCUGCUUCUUUUUUGGGGAAUCUGCGAAAAAGCUUUUCGUACCUUUGGGCGCUUUGCUUUCCAAUUUUCCCUCUUGUAAAGCGCCCUUGCUUUUCAAAAUUUCACAGGGGCCCGUUUCUUGCCUCUGA